AUGAGCUUCACAACACGAGACAAAGUGAUGCCAGAGAUGGCAUUCUCCAAGCUCACGCAGAAACACCUGGCUUUACUGACCGCGAUUUCGGUCUUGACGACAUCGGCGCCCAUACCAAAGGGGAGGCUGUUUCCAGGAGUGGCUAUCAAGUCUCUUCAACCAACAUCAUGCGACCAUCCUGGCAAUGCUGACUUCUACGGGCUCGGAAUCCGUCUGGGUAUCUAUCUGCAGAUCUUUUCCACCAUGUUGUUCAUGAUCGACCCGGAUUCCUCAGAUGCGCUUUAUGAUGCGCACGACAGCAAUGCUAUCCUACUGCUGGCAACUUUUGUUGCGGUAUUGAAGAGCACGCCAUCUCGGUCCAUUGAGUUGGUGGACGUUGUAAUCAUGCUUCGCAUGAUCUGGCUUAUCAUUGUUUGUGGCUUUUCGCUAGCUCAUCUCACAGAAGAGUACAAACGAGCAAAGGAGGCCAAGAAGCUGGCUGCACUCAUAACGACGCCCUCAGCCUUGGGUUUCAGAAUUCUCGUGGCUGGUCUGGUCUCAACUUACAAUGCCUGGUUCUGGUUUCGAGGAGUCGGCUACUUCCAGCAAGAUAAUCCCUGCCCGACGUAUGCAUUCUUCUUUGCGAAACUUACAGCAAAUGGUCGCCUCCAGGGGUUCUACAAGUUCACAUCUGUCGCCAUCAUGCUAAUGCCACAAACAUGGCUGUUGGCUUGUGCUGUUUUCUACGUUGCUAGCGUGGCAUUGGGCUUAGCCAUAGGUAUUGGUCUUGUGGUCGUUGUCUACGCCAUCUGUCUUCCGGGAGCUUUGGGAUGGAUUCUUCAUUCGAUCAUCGCCUCAGUGUAUGACAUAUUUCGAGACCCUCACCCGGUCCAGAAGGUGCUCCGGUUCACUCGCAAGAUGCGCAGAUCAGUCUUGAACUGGAGAGCCCUGAAGCGAUUAAUGGAGUACUCUGCUCUGCGGCCAAUCUCUGGAUACAUGCCAGUCAUGGACAAGCUUGCUGGGAAAUGGACCAGGAUCAGGCAACGCGGCACCAUGUCGGAACCCGGAGUAAGGAGGGCAGGCACUCUGCCCUUCAGAUCUCAAGAGAACAGGAUAUCGGCAAAGUGGGCCACGUAUCUGGUAGUUUUGGCUGUUUACUACGUGUUCUCCAUCAUCGGAAUCGAGUUGACCAUCUUCUGGAAUUCUGUCGAGGGAUCGUACGACAUUGGGUCGACCGGGCAACUUAUACCUUUCGUUAUCGGCAUUCUCACCACCAUCAAGGUUCUUGCUCGUGUUCUUAGCAGCACCGACGGCACCGCUUACAACAACUUCCAGCGGCUCAGGUUCUUCAUGAUCUCAAUCUUCUCCACCAGUCAUCGUAUCAAGCGAAGUUGGAGCUUCGACAUGUUGCAAAAGCCACCGGAUAUGCUGGGGCGAGUGAGACGUGAUCAUUGGUUUAGCAGAGCUUCGCGCAAGAAAUUGAAGCGUGCCGCGAGUCUCCCGUUCUUGAGGCGAUACGACCCGAGCGAAGAUAGACCUACAACUUUACAAAGGCGGACGGAAAUCAACAAAUGGUUGCGGAAUAUCCCGCAAGGUCCUUUGAAAGAGGCUCGGGUCAAGCUUCUCAUAUGGCAGUUCCAACACGGAGGGCAUGUUAACCCAGCACGGGAGCGAAGUUUGACAUUUGGGGGUGCUCUUGGGGCCUUGAUUGACCUUUGA